ACAACUGCUACUAUAAUGCAGAUGCAUGCGUUGAUGGCAAUCCAGGUUAGAGCUCGGUUUAAGAGAAUUCAGAUGGCAGAGGAAGCACAGCAAGCUAAUAAAAAGCAAUUGACCAUUCAAAGAGACCAUGGGGUGCAUAGGAAGACAAUGGACUUGAAUUCCAAUGAUGUUCAAAGAGUUUCGAAAAGCACAAGCGCCCACCUUAAUCAUUUACAAGCUGGGAAGCUUGAGCAUGGCCACACAACAUUCUAUUCUGACCGUCUUUCCACCUCAAAGCGACAUCAAUACGAGGAACCCUCCUUUCCAAUAGCAAAUAGUCCCUGGAACUAUCCUGCAGCAUCUAAACCAAAACCAACAAGACACCCUUUCACUUUUCAACAGCAGGAUUAUGGAGACCCUGCGUGUUAUGACUACACAUUCAAGCCAAAUUACAUGACCAACACGAAAUCUUCGAAGGCAAAAGUCAGGUCACAGAGUGAGCCAAAGCAACGGCCGGAAGGGAGCACAAAGCACAAAACCAAGCAUACAGAAUCAUGGGAUGCAACGGAUGGUCCUAUGGAGGAUCAAGUUCUGAAACGUUCGUCUUCACAGUUCAAACCCAGUGGUCAUAAAAACCAUGAUCCCUGGUUUGUUAAGCUCUACAAGUCAAGAAGGUUGUUUGAGGACAACAAGCACGCCAUCGUUGGCCCAAGCACUGGUCAUUCCAAUUAUAAUGAAUCUCUGGCUGCAUAUGAGCCCCAUGUGAAUUUGUACUAGCAGCUCCUCGCUCAUCAGUUUUAAGUUGGGAAAAAGAAAUGGAUACUGAAGAGUUCUUACAGACACCUAUGGCAUGCAUUGCACUACUGAAAUGAACUUUCCAAAGAAAUAUUCUA